AUGGUGGAAGAAUGGAAGAGUGCUACCUACCUGGUGGAGCUCUUGGCGAUUCCGUUCAAGGUGAUGCGGGCCACUGACAGCAGCUCGAAAGGCAUGAUUCGAACCAUCUACGACCUUAUGCUCCAGCUGACCGAGGACGUGAACGCCAAGCUGGAAGCGGGGGAGAAGAUUUUGCCGCGGGCGGCAAAUCAGGAAGAGGGUAUAUUUCGCAACGACGUGGAAUGUACCCGCAUCUUCAAGGCGUUCAUCGCACGUCACUACGACGGCAAGACCUUCACCAACAAAGACAGUGAGGAGAAACGGGCCUCUCUUGUUUCGCAGGAGGGGCUCACGGCCUUCCUCACCCUUGAAGGCUCCUUCGGCCUCCCUGAGGCAAUUCCCGACAGGGAGGCCGUGAAGGCAGGCAAGCACUCGAUGGUGCAGUGGUGGGGAUGGGAUGGGACUGACCACCCCCACCUGGCCAGCCUUGCGUGCCGUGCCCUGACACAGCCGGUGUUCGACGAUGGCUCCACCUUUCACCCAUCAGGCCUCGUCAUGUCAGAGGACGAUCUGCUGGGCCACUUCGCCUCCCCACUGCCCCUCCUCUGCACCUCAACCCGGAACCCUAAACCCCGUUGUAAUCCUACGUAUCCCCUUUUCUCUUCCUCCCAGGUGUUUGACGACGGGUCCACCUUCCACCCCUCAGUGUUUGACGAUGGGUCCAACUUCCACCCCUCGGUCCUGGACAUGCCAGAGGACGAUCUGCUUGGCCACUUGGCCUCCACCUUCAACCCAACCCUUAACCCUAAUGUAUCCCUACGUAUCCCUCUUAACCACCUUCAGGUGUUUGACGACGGCUCUACCUUCCACCCGUCAGUCCUGGACAUGUCAAAGGACGAUCUGCUCGGCCACUUCGCAUCCGGUGUGGCCAACGUGGCCGCCAUCUCCCUCAGUGCCGACUACCCCACGCUCGCCGCCGUGCCGCAUGUGUUUGCCAACUCGUACAAGAACGUCAUUGCUGUUGCGCUUGCUCUGGAUGAUUAUACCUUCCCCCUGGCCGACAAGGUCAAGGAAAUCCUCGCGGUGAGUCCUUCCCACCUCCUUUCUCUCCGAGUGAGUGUUGCCUUGCACAUCAGCCGUGAUCCUUCCAAGUUCAUGGUGGCAGCUGUGGCGGCGGCGCCGGCAGCGGCAGCUGAGUCGGCCAAGGAGGAGGCCAAGCCGGCAGAGGAGGAGGAGUCUGACGACGACAUGGGCUUCAGCCUCUUCGACAAGAUGCACUGCUCUGCUCGGCUUUCGCAGGCUUCAGCCUCUUUGACUAGAUGCGCUGCCGAACAAGGAGAAUCGUAG